GGUGACGUCACCGCUCGGAUAGUUUGAAUCGAGACGCGGCCGCGCGUUUUCCCCCGCGGUUUUGAGCAUCCCCUCAGAGUUCCCACAGAACCGCGAUUAUUAAGUUCAUUAAACGUAACACCUUCUUAUUAUAUACGUGUGUAAGGACAUAUAUAAGGACGAUUAAAGCAAUUAAGUGGCCGUGAAAAGUCGCUCGCUCCGUUGCGUAUUUUUAAUUUUAAAAAAUCGGCAAUUUUUAGUGCGGCGAUUCCGGGCCGAGUUUAAAUCCGGUUAAGUUGUUCCACAUUAACAUCUCCUUUCGUAACAACAACAACGACGACAACUUUAUUGGCGUGUGUGGUGGUGGUGGUGUAACGACCUGGGGCCACGCGUGCCGGACAGGCGAAUGCGUUGCGGCCUACGGGACAAGACCCAUCAUCACCACCGGCGGCCUCAGCUCUGGUCAGGCAAACGCUGCGGGGGAUGACGUCGCAAGCUUCUCGGCGCGCAAGGCACUUCGGCGAGACGGCAGACGCUGCACCGGCGCCUUGAACCCUUCAGUGCCGAGCCGCCCCUUCGGUUACUGCCGCCGUCGCGUUCGACGAUGGCCGACUCCGCCGAACCCCCCGCGUCAUUGCCGCCGCUGGAACCCACCCCGUUGGCGCGCCUGACCGCGACGCUCGACGACCUGCAGAGCAUGGAGGUGAACGUGGAGCCCUCGUCCGUCGCCGUGGUCGCCGUCGAGCGCUACCUGCGCGAUCUAAAGGUGCCGCAGGAGCACGGCGAGCACCAGCCUCCGCAGCCCAGCUUCGCCUACGACGUCACGGUGACGGACGGCGAGCGCCGGCUCAAGUGCUCGCUGGCGCUCCGGCUGAUCCACCUGGUGCACACGAACCGGCUGAAGGCGGGCUGCGAGCUGCUCGUCCUCCGCUACGACGUCGGCACGGCCGAGCGCUUGGUGGUCGGCGUCCGUUUCCCCGUCAUCGCCGACGCCGAGGUGACGGCGGAGCGCUCCCGCCUGCUGGUGGGCGCCGACGCCGAGGCCCUGCCCUGGGCCCGGGGGGCGUCGUGCGCGGACAAGCCCCUGGGAGCGGCGCGCGACUACUACCUGCCCCUGUGGAACAGCGAGGACUACCACGGGCAGCGGUGGGAGGAGGCGACGGCAGAGGACGUGCCGGUGCGGCCGGCGCGCCGUGCCACCGUCCGGAGCCUCGCGGAGGCCGCCGCGUCGGGCGCCAGGGGCCUCCCGCUCGUUGUGCGGCUGCUGCACAAGUCGCGGCUGCUGCACUUUGGCCGCGUGGACAGGCUGCGGCCGUGGCCCUACCGCGUCUACCUGGAGGUGUGCGACGGCACGGGCGUGGUGCCCGCCGUCCUGUGGAACGAGCUGUGCCCCGAGUGGUUCCGCUGCCUGCAGCCCGGCCAGGCGCUCGUUCUGGGCGACUACAUGCUGAAGGACGCCUUCGCGUGCCGCACCUGGCCUGACGUCUACGACCUGGGCCUGCCCGUGUUCAAGAAGUUCGAGAUCAACCUGAACUCGCGAAACCCGGCCGCCGACAUCCGGGUCGUGCACCCGCGCCACGUGGACCCGGCCUGGCACCUGCCCGAGGGGCGCUACUGCUUCACCCGCCGCCGAGACCUCGGCUCGCUGCCGGCCGACCGCGCGUGCGACGUGGUCGGCCUGGUGUCGUUCGUGGGGCGCCAGGAGCGCAUCCGCAAGAAGGAGAACCCGUGGCGUGCGCGCGACGACUUCUGGGUGUGCCGCUGGGUGCACGCGGUGGACGCCAGCAGCGAGGAGCCCUUCGUGCUGCAGCUCUUCGCCACGUCGCAGCCCGACGUGCACGACCUCCUGCGGCCCGCCACGCUCGUCGUGUGCACGCAGAUGCGCGUCAGGCACGGCCUCGGCGGGCCCUACCUCACCACGUCCGUCGAGAGCCAGGUGUUCGUCUCGGGCCAGCACGCCGGCAAGCCGUACGCCGCCGAGCCCGCGGUGCUCGAGGUGGCGCAGUGGUGCUGCGGCAUCGCGGACGACGAUUUCUUGGCCCGCUCGGCGGUGGGCGGGUGCUACGUCUUCCCGCCGCUGCCCACGACGCUGGCGGAGUUCGCCGCGGGACGGCCGACGGCGCUCACCGUCACCCCGCUGGAGGAACUGCGCUCGGAGGUGGCCCGGCUGCACUACCGCGAGCAGAAGCGCCUGGUGGUUCAGGGCACCAUCGCGGAGGUGCGCUACGUGGAGCUGAGCGAGGGGGCGGGUGGGCAGGAGAACGGCGUGCACGACGCGUCGCCCUCGGCGUCUUUCUGGGGCGUGGAGGCGGCGGAGGAGGCGGCGGCGGCGGCGGCGGUGCAGCCAUCGCAAGCGGAGGAUGAGACGGAGGACGAGGACGACGUCCCGCUGACCUCCGCGCAGGUGGUCGAGUGGCGCAGCUACAACCUGCGCUCGAGGAAAACGGAGCCGCGGGCGGCCGUCGCCAGUCACGGCGCCGCGAAGAAGAAGCCGAGGCUCGACAACGUCGUGGGAAACCAUCGACAGCCCGGGCCGCCCGGCGCCCCGGUGAACGCGAACGAAGGGAGCGUCGCCAACUUGUUCGCGCCGUCGGCGGAGACUACGGCCGGUCCCGAGCGCGGGACGAUGCUGGCCGCGUCGCGAGAGAUCCUGCCGGCGCGGGGUCCCGCGGCGCGCGAGCCUAACUCCGCCAAGGCCCUGUGGGAGACCAACGAUUGGUCCGGUUCUCAGCUCGUCCUCGCCGACCACCUGCGCCUGGGCGAGCUGCCGGCCGAGGCCGUGAUGCGGCGCUACGACCACGAGCGGCGCGACGCUCAGCGCGAGCUCUGCAACCUGCAGCCGGCACGCCGCGCCAGCCUGCCCGCGGACGCCGCGCCCGACGCCGGAGCCUUCCGCCCGGCGUGCGAUCUCGUCGGCUACUUCGUGAUGACGCUGCUGGGGCUGGACCGCAAGGUGGCGCUGGACGUGCCGUUCGUGCCGGUGUGGGACCGCGGGGACCGCCGGGCCGCGUGCCCGUUGGCCGAGGAGCGUGCCGGGCUGCUGGAGAUUCUGGCGCACGGCAGCGUGCCGCCCGGGGUUUCGCCGCUGCAGGUCACCGAAUCGGCAUCGCCUCUCGCCGGCCGGAGGAUGCUGUUCGUGCUUGAGCAGUGCCGGCUUGGGGCCGAUUGCGUGGAGGUGACGCUGAACCGGGCGUACCCGGCGCCGGACGGGUGACGCCGCCGUCUCGUCGGUCGUUGUGCCCUCGGUUGCCGAAUUAUAUGGUCGUCUCGUCCGCACCCGCGUGCCGAGUUGAUCGGAAUCGUGCGGCCGAUCGUGCCGGCUGGGACGCGCCGGGAAUUUGCUGCCACAUCUCCUCGGGGACGCCGGGUUUGUGACCCCCCCCCCACGAGGGUGUGGAGGGUGGACAGCACAGCAAGUAGGUUUCUGACCCGUCUCUUCAGCGGGGUUUUCAUGUAUUCCGAUUUCUUGGAAUAAAGGUUCAAAAUGGA